UCAUUGGUCGGUGUCAUUUUUUCUGGAGCAAACAAAGUGCGGUGCUGUGCGGGUUUUCAGGCCAGAAGUGGAAACGCGUCCCGCAGCGGCCGAACCGAACCGACGGAGACUGAGAGGCGCCAGAACACCGCAGCAGGCUUUGGGCGAGGCGCCAUUUUGUUUAUGUUGUUUUGUUUGGGGGUGGGGCGACAUCCUCUGACGUCACGGACUGGGGUUGGGGGACAAAACGCGUGAAAAGACAAAGAAUGACGAAACAUAGAUACUACUGAUGUGUCUGCUGUUAAUUCUUAUUUAAUAUGUUCCAACCACCAGACUGACCCUGAACGCAGCACGAGCUGCACUUGAAGAUUAUUUCUGUUCUUGAUGUUUUGUCUGUCCAACUCUGACCAAACGAAGAAAACUCACAGAGAGACGUAUGAAAAAACAUUUGGAUAAAUAAUCAACCGAGAGAAUAGUUGCCAAUUAAUCUCUGAAUCGACCAACGGAUGAAUGAAAUCUACUCUGAUGAAAACAGUCUGACUUGUACUUCGUGCCGUCUUCGUUUCACUUACUGCGGCAAAACCCAGGAUGUUUACAUUUAAGAUUUAACAGUUUCUUUGUGAGUGUCAGAUUAUGUUUGAGUUUGAAUGUAAAACCCACGAAGUGGUUUAGAGUCUCACAGAGACGACAUGAAUAUUCAAACUAAAGGAGCAACGAUACACUCUGUGUUUGACGUGACAUCAGCUGACAGGUUGGAGAUGUCCUGUAAUCCUUCCAGUCUCGGACUGAUCCCAGAGCAGCUCUGUGCUGGAUAAUCUGCUCUAAUCUGUUAAUCUGCCCCCGGCUUGGCCCGGCCUCUACUCAGUCUGUUGGGACCUUCGGCGAUGAGAGCUGCAGCUCCAGGAGGGUUCCUGGUGCUGCCGUGGCCCGGCGGCGGCGGGUCGGACGCAGGGACGGAGCCGAGGCCCGGGGAGGAGGAGGGCCGGGGGGGGCUGCUGCUGAGGUGUGGAGCUCUGCUGGGACUCGCUCUGAUCUGCAUGGGGGUGCUGAGAAGGUGGAUCGCAGGCGGAGUGUGUCGCUGCUCUGUGCGUCUGGACGGAAAGACGGUUCUGAUCACCGGAGCGAACACCGGCAUCGGCAAAGAGACAAGCAGAGAUCUGGCAGCCAGAGGGGCCCGGGUGGUGAUGGCGUGCAGGGACCUGACAAGAGCAGAGCGAGCGGCUGACGAGAUCCGGCGGACGACAGGGAACGGUAACGUAGUGAUCAGACACCUGGACCUCGCCUCCGUCUACUCUGUGAGACAGUUCGCUAAAGACUUCCUGGACAGUGAGGAGCGACUGGACGUCCUCAUCAACAACGCAGGAGUGAUGAUGUGUCCAAAAUGGCUGACAGAAGACGGCUUUGAGACUCAGCUGGGUGUCAAUCAUCUGGGUCACUUCCUGCUGACCAAUCUGCUGCUACCCAAACUGAAGAGCUCCGCCCCCAGCCGAGUGGUCAACGUGUCAUCCAUCGCCCACCGGGGGGGUCGUAUCGACUUUGACGACCUGUUCUUCAGCAGGAGGCCGUACAGUUCACUGGAGAGCUACAGACAGAGCAAACUGGCCAACGUGCUGUUCUCCACAGAGCUCGCCCGACGCCUGCUAGGUUCUGGAGUGUCGUCGUUCUGUCUCCACCCGGGUGUGAUCCGGACCGAGCUGGGCCGUCACGUUCAGGGCUGGUUCCCCCUGCUGGGGGCGCUGCUGAGCCUCCCCUCCCUGCUGCUAAUGAAGACCCCCCGUCAGGGCUGCCAGACCAGCGUGUACUGCACCGUGACGCCGGGUCUGGAGGACCGGUCCGGACGCUACUUCAGCGACUGUUUAGAGACCGACGAGGCUCCGGAGGGGCGGAACCAGGCGGUGGCCAGGAAGCUGUGGGAGGAGAGCGCCCGAUUGGUUGGAUUACAGGACACAUGCUGAACCCCUCACUCUGACUGACGAGAGCGGAUAUGAAUAUUAAUAAUCAAUAAAUCUUUAGUUCAGAAUCAGUGAAUCUUUUGGGAACAAAACAUCAAACUAGAUCAAACAGCUGUAUGUGUUUGACCUUUGACCUGUGAAGUCAGGUAAAUAAAGUGUUACCAUGGAGAGUGUGUUUGUGUGAGAGAGUGUGUGUGAGUGGUCGUUUUAGUGUUUGUGAGAGUGUGUGAGUAUGUGUAUGUGUUUGUUUUUGUUUGUGUGAGUGUGUCUGUGUGAGUGUGUUAGUUUUGUAUGUGUGUUUGAGAGAGUGUGUGUGUUUGUCUGGGACGUUUGAAGACGUGGAUCUAUGAAUCAAUGAGAACCGAUGAAUCAAUCAGUCAAAUCAAUACGACUGUUUGUGUUGAUCAGUGUGAUGAGUGGUAGUGAGCAGACGUGUCAGCAGGGGGCGACAGAGCAGGCGAUAAUAAAUAUCACAUCAGUAGAAACAGGAAGAUCAAGAUCAAUGAACAGACGUGUGAUGUUAUUGAAUAUAAAUAUAUGAAACUUAGAUUUGUGUUGUUGUUUCACUGAAACAAAACAUUCAUGAAAUAAAGUGACCAAUCAUGAAACGGA